AUGAGAGUGGGCAAAGGCUGUGGACGGUGUCGACAUCGCCAUAUCCGCUGCGUGGUUCCUGAGGGCGCGUCGGCGUGUACGCCUUGUGCCCGCCUCGGUCGCGCAUGUCAUCUCGAUCCGCGCUUCCAGUUCAAGGAAGUUCAGCAUGUCUAUCAGAAAACCCAGGGCACUGCUGCCCGGUUCGAUCUGGUCUGGGAUGAGGAUCAGACCUGGGUAGAUGUGUCGAAACCGGUGAAAUUCGUUCUCGAGCUCGCCGAUAGCCCUGAAAACGAGCGCGAUUCUGUUUUUCGGCCCAUUGAGCCCGCAGAGAACGCAGCGCAGGCAGUGGAUAUCUGUGAUCCCCAGUGCCACUUUGCUACCGUUGUCCCCCAGAGGGCCCUUCAAGUCCCUUUAGUCCUGAAAGCAGUUCUGGCACUCGCAGCGCGACACGAUGCAAUCAUGAAUGAGAAGGGCCACUGGGAGGCCUCUGCAUACCACGGGGAAUGUCUCGAGCUGCUCAUUGACGCGCUUAGCCUCCCCGAGCCCACCUAUGAUGACAACAUGCUAGUCGCUGUGGUGAUCCUUCGAAUGUACGAAGAACUCGACAAUACCCAAGACGGAAAGUUCCACUUACUCGGCUCCAACCGACUCAUCAAUAUGAUGUCCCGGUCGGUGCCAUCCGGGGGAUUGGCAGAAGCUGUCAGCUGGCAAUUUAUGCGACAGGCCAUAUACUCAUCUGUGGUUCAAUAUCAGCCAAUGCAGCUGGAUUUGGAGAACUAUAGAUUUUCUUCCGUAUUUCAGCGACAAGACGACGCGGCGUAUGCCAACAUGGCAGUCUUUCACUGCGCGCAUAUCAUUCAAGUCUGCCGAGAUUGGCCGACGCUCCCUGUUAAUCAAACCGGCUGGCAGGAGAUGUCCAAGACUCUGGAGAGCUGGUAUAAAGCAAGGCCCAAUACUUGGCAGCCCCUGCGAUACCAACCGCCUGACGUGGCGGCCGACCGCCCAUUUCCUGAAGUAUGGAUGAUGUCUGCCUCUGCUGUUGUCGGAAUGCAGUACUAUCAUACGGCCUGUAUAUUCUUAACACUCUGUGGUCCUAAUUCGCAAUCUGGGAAUGAUUUCGAAAACGCCCGAACUAGGCGCAUGGCUGAGCGAACCAUUGCUACCCAUAUUGCGAAUGUUAUCGGACUUUCCCUAUCGAACGAGAGUGUCCAAAAUGCAUAUUUCAUGCCCUGUCAUCUACUCCAACGAUUCGGGUAUUGCAUUCGCAAUUCGAUGGAAAAACAAGGUUCAUUGAAAUUUCUGGCGCAUAUGGAGAAAGUGAUCGGAUGGCAGACGGCGUGGAUAAAACGAGAAUUGGAGCAGCAAUGGACCGAACUGGCGGAGAUUGACCCCCCCCUUGGUCCGCCCUUCUGGUCCAUAGAUCCUGCUGUGGUGAGGCUGUUCUUCGGUCACGCUUUUGGUGCCCUGGCCUGA